AAAGAGCACCAGUUAGUUUUCUUAUAUUGUUUUCUUUAUAUUUCACGAUAUCGUUGUUAAAACAGAGACGGUCGCUCUUUACUUUUGCUACUUUUCUUAUUUUUAGACCUUAGUUUUUCUUUGGUGAGCAUGCUCAGUGUUGAGCUAAUAGCAUGGACGCCAUGUUGUUUACGUUAUAUUUCAUCUCUAUUGAAACUCUGAGCGUCAUACAGGUACCAACAACAAGGCUGAAACACAGAGACAGGAAUAAACGGAAUUCAGUCUGCAAAACGUUUUCCUACGUUUCUUAAGAUUUGUAUUAAAGGUCGGGUAAGUUUGUGGUCAUCUAAACGCGUUUUAGUUUAAACAUUUUUGUACAAACUUUUAAUUUUAUGGAUUUAGCUGCUGUUGCUGCUGUUUGAUGUGAUUUAAUGACUUAAUAUCACGAUAGAUGCCAAAUUCAGUGCCAUACAUUGGUACUAUAGUAUGAUUAAAAAAUAUUAUACCAUAAAUAAAGCGAUGUACACAAUUUUCAAUAUUUUUUCAUAAAGUGUAGAAAUUGUUAAGCAGCCAUUUUGCAGCUCUUAUUUUGAAGGCAGCCGUUCUCUUCCGGUGUCAUGCAGGUGUUACGGUGUGUUUUGACGCUGAAGAAGAGGAAGGUGUCCAUGAUGUUAACUUUAAUAAAGCAGCAGUGAUCUCCUCUUUUUCUGACAUGAUUUUCUCUUCAAGUUUUGUUCACUUUGUUCCUGUCGGAUGGACCGAGCGUAGCGAGCCAACGUUCGCCAGUCAGCUGGCAUGAGCUCGCGCUGCUGCUGUUUACAUGCAGUAAUGAUGAAAAUGAUGAUGAUGAUGAUGAAGAUGGAGAGGUGUGUUAGCUAACCCAGCUACAGACCUGUGACAGGGGCAGAGUCAUCGUCUCACACGCUCUGUGAGGACCAUCAGACCCGGAGCAGACUCAGGGUGAGCUAACGCUACCUACCUGCUAACUGUAGACCCUAAACCCGGGUUCAACCGCUCUGACUCCAAAUGGGAGUUGGCAUCAGUGUGUCAGGCAGGUUAGAUUACCUGAUUACGGGCCUACCUGUUCAAUUUCGGUGUUGGAAACUCCUGCCUGCCGUCCUGACCUCAGGUUACAUUAACAGUAAUACACACACUGUCGGUGUCAGAUUUCUUGAUUAUUUUAUGAUUGAUUGUUACUUUUAUUGUCAAGAUUACAUAGAUUUUAAUAAGAAUAUAUUUAAAAUACAUUUUGUUAAUGAAAACUGUUCACAGUCUUAAAGAUUUAUCCACAUCCCGAUGUAUUCUGAACAGGGGUGUGUAUAGAGAUAGAUCCAGGGGUGGUAUGGACCCCUCUGUAAACUGGCCACCUCCGGUGCUGCCUUGUAAUCCCAAACCACAGUUGGUUAAUUUCUUUGUCAGAGAGUGGACUAAUUUAAAGUCAGACUUUUGAGUCAAUGCUUAUCUGUUUGGACAGUGUGGCCAUUUCACUCACAUUUGAGACUAAAAAUAGAUGUGUGCGAAUUGUUAAGUGUAUAGGGGCACAUGUGCACAUAAAAAAAAUAUCAGCCAGGGCAACAAAUGUUUUUUCAUGGUGAAGUGAGCUUUAGGUUGGAUAUUCAGUAGACAGUCAAUGCAGAGCUACAGGUGUCUUCUCACUCUCCAUAACCAGGAAUAGCAACAGCAGCGCAGUUAAAUCUACUCGGAACCCUUGCUGUCAACAUCAGGUGUUGAAUAAGGGACCAUCAAUAAAUUACCGGUUGAUGUUCUUGGAAAAAGGCUGUUUUUCUUCAAUAGCUUCCAUGUUAUGUGACCAAUUGACCUAAAAUUGAUUUCAAAUAAUAAGUUCCAACAGUAAGACACACCUCUUUAUUUCCCUGAUUUGUCCUCUAAAUUUUUUUUUAGAUUUAAAGGCAAAUUUUGAGCUUUUUUUUUCAAUAGCUCCCAUGUCAUGUGACCAAAAGAGAUAAAAAUUAUUUCAAAUAAUAGUUCUUAUGUCAACCAAUAAGACAAACAUUAUUUGAUAAAUUUUCAUUGCGCCCCUAAAGUUCCUUGUGUGCUCCUUACUUUUUCAACUUAGGAGCACAUGUGCUCCUUGUGAAAAAAGUUAGUGUCAAGCCCUGUGGACAGAAAGUUGUUCCUUUUUUUUAGUCACUACUUAUCUGUUUGGAUGAUUGAUUAUUGGUCUCAUUGACCACAGAUUAUUGGUAUCACUAUCAACCCUUUAAAACCAGUAUCAUUCAACCCCUGAUGUGUAUAAAAUUUUAAUGUUCAUGCAAAAAUUACUGUUAUAAUGAAUUAAUUAUUAUUUUUUACAAAUUAAAAAAAAAAAUCCUGACAUCUGUUUUAUGUUUAGGCCAUUGGCUGCUUAAAAACUGAUAUCACCAUUCUUCAUAUAGUCAGUUGACUGACCUGAGAAAAAAUGAUGUUAUUCCACAGUAUCAAGAUGAAAGUAUUUUUGAACUUCAGCUUUAGACUUCAUUUAAGAACAUGGUAGUUUAGACUUCACUUGUGAAUUCAUGUAAAAGUUGAAUUUUCAUUGUGUCAGGCUUGUUUGUGUGUAAUUGUCUCUUAUUUGCAGUAAUUAAACAGGAAUGAUGAACAGCUGUCAGUAAUGUCAUCUGUUGUGUGUCCUGCAGUGAUGGACGUGUCCCCUCAGGACUCAUCUCUCCUGGUCAUGGACCUAUCUAAGGGUUUCUCUGUCCCCAGCCUCACUCCCAGACAAGCUGAAGCCAAGAAACCUGAGUGGUACCACCGCCGCCCCUCCUCUGAGAUCGGCCCCUCUUACAGAUCAAGACCCUCGUCCUCUUACAGCUCCCUGGAUCCGAGUCCACCUGUCCUCUGUGGGGAUAUGGAUCAGAGCCCUGAGUCUCUGGGGGACUACAUGAACUCAUCGCUUCCCCCUAGACUUGAUCUGUACAGAGACGGAGUCCACAGUGGCCUGUGGCAUCCAGGUUUCUACAGACCAGACCAGACUGGGGGUCCAGGUCCUGAGAGCAGCGGGGGUGAGGAGAGCGACAGUGGCUCAGAUGUGAUCUUCCUGGUGUCUUCGUCCAAAGAGCCUCUGCUCUGUAGUCCUUUUAUUCAGGACGGCGUAAGACACAUUGUGGAGCCACUGUCCCCUGCCGUGUCCUCACUGGAUGAGGGGCGAGGCUGCUGCCACCUCCCCCAGCCUCUCAGCUCCCCGAGUCCUGACAGCUCAUACUCUGAUGAGUCCUCGGACAGCUCGGUGGAUAUCCCCGUCCAUCACGCACGGCCUGUCGUCCUCCUGUCAGAUCUCAGUACUGUGUUCAGGAACCCACCAGAGUCUACAGGGGACAUCUCCAGUGAGGACAGCGACGUGAUCGAGGUUUCAAUCACCAAUGAAAAGAAGAAGAAGAAGUCUGUUUGUAAGGAGAAAGAGACUGGGGACACUUCACACAGAAAGGUGAGACGCAGCUCCAGGACUAGGAAGUCCAUCUCUGACCUGUCUGCAUCUCCAGGCAGCACCGGGAGGAGUGUCCUAAGGAGACGAGCUAAGAACGACGCCGUUGGAAUCUACAACGAAAGUGGAGACUCGUAUGACCUGAUGGGAUUCGCUGAGAGAUUGUCCAGCUCUGAAGCAGACGAGUCACUUUCACAGCAGAACGAGUCGCAGACACAGAGCUUGAACUCUGGCGAGUCCGAGACAGACACGAAAACAAAGAGGACAUCAGUACAGAGAGAGACCCCGCCUUCUCCUCAGAGAGUGACUAACAGUGUCAGUCGUAAACGAAAGAAACCACAAACUGCAGUCACCACUCAAGAGUUAAGAAGAAAGAAGCAGAAACAGAAAAGCAAAAUUAAACCCGAACCCCCAAACAGCCAAGCAGCAAAUAAAAAGCCACCUCUGAGGAGACGGAGGCGGAAAUGUCGCUCGAAGAAGACGACAGCAUCGACCCGGUUUCCUCCCGCUGAGCCUGAAAUCAAACUCAGGUGUAUCAGUGUCAAAGAGGAGAAGAAGAAGGAGAAGAAGUCUGGGUCUUUCUAUCCCUUCGUCCGAGUAGAACUGGGUAGGUGCUCUGUCAUCAACUACCAGGAGGAAGUGGACACCAUAAGGAGCAGUAGGGAAGGACAGGGACAGACCGGAACCAGGUCUUCGCCUGGGUUCAUCCCAAACUCGUCGUGUUUCCAGCUUGGUCGGUCUGGAUUGGAGAGCCAGGCUCAGACCACACUCAGGUGCUGCCUGUGUGGAGAGACUGCCAAUGCCAUAAGCCUCGGAGACCUCCAUGGGCCGUAUCUCUCUGCUGCCCCAUCUGUGGACUAUCAAGACCAGGACCAGGACUUGAGGACUGCGCAAAUGCAGGAUCUACAUGAACCGACUGACAGUGGUUCAGUAAAGUCCUCUGAUGGUCUUUCCUGUUCUGCUGUCCGAUCCUCUCAGGUGUUUCCUCACCUGGACGAGUGCUGGAUUCAUGAGGACUGCGGGAUCUGGUCUGCUGGGAUCUACCUGGUUAAGGGGAAGCUGUAUGGUCUGUGGGAGGCAGCUGAGCUCGCUCAGAGAACUGUGAGUUACAUAGAAAAGAUCAAAUUGGAAUCAGUGAUUUAUUUGAUCUUGUUGCUCUCUGCCUCUUGUCUAUUUUAGUUUGACACAUGCACUGCAAGUUAUGAGAGUGAGGCCUUUUAGCAUGUCCCACCUGUUCAAUUAUUAGCUGAAGUGUAACAAAUAUGUUACAUAGGAGCCUUCUCAUACCACAGUUCAAAACAGUUCUUCCUUCAUAAAAAAGUGCUGCUUUUAAAGGGAUAUUCCGGCGUAAAGUUAAGUUAGGGUCAAAAACACUGUAACACCCCGUCAAGAGAUGAAUGUUGACGACCGCUUGCUUCUCUAGUUAUACCAACCUUAGUAACAACCGCACGAUAGCAAUGCACAGAGCCACACGCUCAACCAAAACGCCACUGUAUAGCCACCAAUAGUACUCAGAACAGCACCUAACUUCAUCAACAGUUCAUAUAGGGUCCCAGCCACAACACUAGCUACCAAACAUCUUUUUAACUUUGACUAAUUUCUUUAGCAAAGAGGUUAAACACAACUCACCCACUCUCCUCCAGCAGCCACUUGUUUCUAUGGAGACCUUUGGGCGAGUCCAUCGACUGCAGAGGGGUGACGCAGCUCGAGGAAGAAUGUUUAUGAUUUUGACUUUAACAUUUCCUUGAAGUAAUAAUCACCAUAUUAAUCAUUUUGCACUGCAGACACGGUAGUUCUUCUGCCUAAGUGUCUCGGUUUGCUUGAAUUUCCAUGAAGAAAUGAUCAUAAAUGUUCUUCCUUGAGUUGCGUAACCCCGCAGCAGUCCGUAAUGGAUUGACCUGAGGUCUCGCUACAAACAAGCGGCUGCUGGAGAGAGUGGGUGAGUUGUAUUUAGUCUCUUUGCUAAAGAAAUCAGGCAAAGCUAAAAAGAACGUGGCUAGUGCUAUGGCUGGGACCCUAUAUGUACUGUUGAUGAAGUUAGGUGCUGUUCUGAGCAUUAUUUGUGGCUAUAGAAUGGCUUUUUGGUCAUUACUAAAGUUGGUAUAACUAGAGGAGCAAGCAGUCGGCAACAUUCAUCUCUUGACAGGGUGUCCAGAUCGGUGUUAUGGUGUGGGUUCUAACAGACCCCUUCAUGGCACCUUCCCCACCACGGGUACAGGGUCAUUCUGAGGAAAACACCGGCCCCUGACUCCAUGUUUAUUUCUGUGUUCAGGUGUGUUCAGCCUGCAGACAGGCAGGCGCAAUUAUGGGAUGUUUUCAGAAGAGCUGUCCAUCAAACUAUCACUACAGAUGUGCCAUCCAGUCAGGUACAGCUUUCAAACUCAGUUAAUUAUGAGCCUGUUAUUACAUAGUCUAGUGUUUUAUUCUGUCUAUAGAUGUUAUUUAAGAGAUGACCCUACAGUUUUAAUCUUAAUCCAAGAUAAUCUUGACUUAGUUUUCAAACAAACUGCUCCUCCUCAACAGAUUUUAAAACUUUUAUUUCUCUGUGUCUGUGUGCAUUCAGGUUGUGUGUUAAACGAAGAAAACUUCUCCAUCCUCUGUCCAGAGCAUAAGGUAUGAACUAAUGUGAACUGUGAGGCACUCAGCAGCCAGCAGGGGGCGCUGCUGUACCCUCUGAUACAUCAUUCUGCGACACUGCAAUUUGUGUGAGGAAACACAGACAAAUAACAGGAAUGACAAUCCUCUCCCUGAAAAAAGCAGUAGAAAAGUUUUUAUUUUCUGAAAGUUUUAUGUUACUUCAAUAAAACAUGAUAAUAUAUGAUAAAAGAUGAUACAAUAGGAUAAAUGAUAAUAUAGCUUAUGACUAAAUAAUUAAAAAAAAUUUUAAAAUAAAAUGUGUUCAAUGGAAAAAUAAUAUUAAGUCAAUGUAAUAAUCAAGUUAUUAUAACAGUCAAACAAUGUUGUAUUAAUCACAUGUUAUUCCUUUUUUGCUGUUUAAAAAAAUUCUACUUACUUCAAGAAUAUUAUACUUUUAUUAGGGUCUACUGAUAACCGUAUACAUUUUCCUUUCUGCAAAUCAAAACAGUCAUCUAGAUUUUAUUUAAAUUGCUUUCUCUGUGUUUAUUUUUAACAGAAUAAAUCGUUCACCCGAGCGGACAAACGACACAGGAGAUGACACAGAUUGGACACGGGAACAAGGUAUGCUUUUUUUGGUUGUAUAUUGUAUCAUAUAUUUGUAUUUUAUCCUGAUAAUCAUUGGAGUACUGUAAGGUUAGACAGUGGUUAUAUGGAACAAAAGCCCCUCAGGUUGAACAAGACCCCUCUGCUUCAUGUGUGGGGCUUGCACAUAACUGCAUCAAUGACUACAUUAAUGGACUAAAGUAUUGGCACCUCUGAAAUUUUUCCAGAAAAUAUUUUGGCCAGUUUUUUGAGUUUUGUGUGAAACCAUGCCAAUUUUUGCUUUUUUUCUUAAGUCAAUUUUUGUGUUAUUCCAAUGUACGUAGAGGAAAUACAUGUGUGUUUAACAAAAACAUUUGUAAUUGCAACAAUUUCUGGGAAAAAAAUUCCUGGAAAAUUUUCAGGGGUGCCUGUACCUUUGUCCAUUACUUUACAUAUACACUGUAACCUUCAAUAAAUCAACCAUCAACAGAAAUAUGAAAAUAACAGAUAAGUAGUAGAAAUGACUUGAGAUGCUGAUAAAUAAAGGUGUGGAUAACCGUUGAUUGGAGCUUAUCAGCUUUAAUAUGUCAUUUUAAUGAAAGAAAUGAACCAUCAGAAAUUGAAAUAAAGUAUAAAUAUAACUUUUAGUAAAGGUAAAAGUUAGUUGAACUAGAAAAAAAACUUAACACCAGACUGUAAUAAAUCAAAUGUAUGUUCUGAAUCCCUGUUUACUUCCUCUUCUUUAAAUAAAUAUUUUUUCCUCCCCAGAAUGAUCGACAGAUCUGCUCAGGGUUCGACUAGUUCUGCCUGACUUCACCUCUGCUGUUUGUUACACUGACUAGUGCAUUUGUGUGUAUGUAUGUAUGGGUGUGUGUGUGUGUGUUAUUUCCCUUAUCGUCGUUGUCGUUAUUAUAUUGAUCAUAAUAAUAUUAGAAUUUAAGUUUUUGUUGUUUUUAAAAAAAUGUCUUAUAUAAGCUAAUGAUUUUAUUUCUACAGUUUUUGUACUUUUCUAUCACUGUUAGAACUGCAGUCAUCACAUACACACCCACACAAUACACACAUUUAUUUUCAGCAAGCUGCUUGUUUGCACUUUAUGAUAUAAUUUGAUGCCUAUUUAUGUCCAUUUAUAGACUUUUUCUGACCUUUUUUACUAAAUGUAUUUAAAUUUAUUGUUAAGCUACAUUAAGCAAAUGAAAUAUAAAUAUAUAAUUGUGUUUAAUUCCUGUUAGAACCACAUUUUAGAUCUAUGAAAGAGACCAUCUUCUUAUAGUGAAUAUCCACUCUUAACAUUUAUUUAUUUAUGACAGCUAAGAUUAUUUUAUUGUCACAUAAAGUAAAAAACAUCCACAAACACAUUAACCUGUCUGACAAAUAAAAUAUGCAAACCUGUCCUAAUCAGCUGGAAAAUGUUUGUUCGUGUAAAUUUAAAGGGUCAAUCCAACUAAACCAUAAAAUAACCCCUUCAGGUGUGUGACUACAAUUAUAGUAAUCUGAUGCGAAGAACUGGAAUGUGUCAUUGAAGUCCCACUCCGAUUGUUUUUCUUGUUACGAUUCAGUGUUCUCAGUGGUCUUUAAAUUGUGAGUUUUUAGCCCAAAUCACAUUACCUGUGUCAUUUUUAAGUGCUUUUCAAUAGCUCUUUAGCAAUUCGUCUCUGAGUCGUGUGCACACUUCUCUUCACACUAGCAAGUAGCCUAACAUUGUAGUAGAUCUGGCAGGUCAUGUAGGAGCUACUCAGCGCUGAGACACUAAUGUCUUUGGGGGGAAGAUGUAAGCUAAAAUCAUAAUUAGCCUUCUUAUGAGUAUUGCAAUCUGCUACCGCACACAUUUGUUCUGCCAUCAUCUUCUCUACUUCUCAGAGAUUGGAUUUGUGUCGCAGAAAAACCCACUGUGUCUGAACCUCCCGUUUGGGUCUGUAAGAAGUUCACAGUGAUUUGAAUGAAGAAAUACUCAGAAAUGCAAAUUUUCUUUUAGUUUUCUCAUGAUAUGUCCUCUAGCAUCAGAGAAAUGCCAUAUGAACAUGUAGACAACAAGAAAAAACAUGAUUUUCAUCAGGGUGGGACUUUAAGAAGACAGAGAGAGGGUGUAAAGUCUGUUUUUGGUAUUUAUGUGGAAUUACCCUUUAAUAACAUACAUAUACAGUAUGUUUAAUAUAUUUAUGUUUUCUCAUGUUCUGUGUGGAUCUACCAUUAAAACUCUAAUUUUGUUUUUAAUCUGACUGAACAGACAUUUAAAGAGGGAGCUGUUCAUCUUUUAUUUAAAUGUUUAAAUAAUCAGAUUCUGAUUUGAUGAGGGAAUACGGAGUUGAUAAAUGUUUUCUAUUAAAACAGAAAAAAAUAAAAUGUACUCUGUG